AUGGUUAGUGGCGGCAGUGCAGCAGCGGCAGCAGCUAUAGGAGGGAAGAAGAAUAAGAAGAGCAAUAAGAAGCAGGCAGUGGUAGCGGUGCUCUUCUCCAUCACCCUGCUCAUAUGCGCCCUCGUCGCCGUGUUGAUCAAGACCAUGCAGCACCGCCGCAAUUACCUUGAGCUGCUCCCUCCUAGUACUAGAACAACUAGUAUUCCGCAGCCUCCCUACGCCUCCAGUUACCAGGUGGAUUGGGACAGCAUCGCCCGAGUAACACCCAGCAACAUUGGGCGUCGGCGUCGGGUGGCGCUGCUCAACUUCAGCCCGGCGGAGGUGAAGCGGUGGAGGAGGAGCGCAGCAGGUGGUGCAUUGAUCCGAGCGGUGCGGCUGCAGGCGGUGGACAGCGGCGUGACGUGGGCGGAGCUGUACCCGGAGUGGAUCGACGAGGACAAGCUCAACAACAAGAGCUGCCCCUCCUUCCCCGACCCUCACGUGCCAUCAUCACAACGACCCUUCCACCUCGUCGCCGUCAAGCUCCCCUGCCGCCGCCUCAACACAAGCAGCAGCAGCAGCAGCUCAUGGAUCACGAGAGACGUAGGCAGGCUGCACCUCCAGCUCUCCGCAGCCAAGCUGGCCGUCUGGGCGUCGGCAGCAGAGGUCCUCGUCGUGUCCGAGUGCCUUCCCCUGCCCAACCUCUUCCCCUGCAAGCACCUCGUCCGCCGCCACGGCCACGCCUGGCUCUACCGGACGCCACCGGACUCGAGCUACCUCCGCAGCCGCAUCCGCCUGCCCGUGGGCUCAUGCGACCUCGCCCAGCGUCUCCCCCCUCAGCAACAUCAUGAGCCCAAGCCUCCUCCUGCUAGUGUUCGCUCAAGCCGUCAGGCGUACGCGACGGUGCUGCACUCGUCGGACGCGUACGUGUGCGGCGCCAUCGCGACGGCGCAGAGCAUCCGCCUCUCGGGCUCCACCAAGGACAUGGUGGCGCUCGUCGACCACGCCAGCAUCAGCGCCGACCAGCGCGCGGCUCUGGCGGCGGCGGGGUGGCAGGUCCGGCCCAUGGAGCGCAUCCGCAACCCGCACGCCGUGCCCGGGACCUACAACGAGUACAACUACAGCAAGCUCCGGCUGUGGCAGCUCCUGGCCGGGGACUACGACGUGGUGGUGUUCGUGGACUCCGACCAGCUCGUGCUCCGCAACAUCGACUUCCUCUUCGGCUCCCAAGCUUCGUCCUCGAUCAGCGCGACGGGCAACAGCGGCUCGCUCUUCAACUCGGGAGUGAUGGUGCUGGAGCCCUGCAGCUGCACGUUCGAGAUGCUGAUGGCGAGCGUGCAGGAGGUGGUGUCGUACAACGGCGGCGACCAGGGGUUCCUGAACGAGGCAUUCGUCUGGUGGCACCGCCUGCCGCAUGCCCUCAACGUCCUCAAGUACAACCUCGCAGUUUCCUCGCCGGCGCCGGCGCCGGCGCACUACUACGUGAUGCAUUACCUGGGCAUCAAGCCGUGGAUGUGCCUCCGCGACCACGACUGCAACUGGGACGUGCCGUCCAUGCGCCGCUUCGCCAGCGAUGACGCCCACGCCAUGUGGUGGGCGCUGCACGACCGAAUCGCGCCGCGAGAGCUGGCCGCCAGGUUCUGCGCGCUGCCGCCCACGCAGAGGGCGGCGCUCGAGCAUCAACGGAGGAUGGCCAAUGCCACCGCCGACCCCGUUCUGAACCAGACUGCCAUUGUUGUUGCCACGCCCCAUACCUUGACUUGA